AUGUCUGACACACAUUCAGCUCCAGAUUUGUCUCUGUACCUCCACAGUAUUCUGAAGAACCACACAGCUCACGCCUGUGAAGGAGAGACCCUCAUCAUCAAGUGUCCCUCCAGGACGUCUGUGUCCAUCUUGUCGGCCUUCUACGGGCGACGUGUUCCUUAUAAGCACCUGUGUCCCCCGACAAACACAAGCAUGACAACGGUAGAGGAGGAGGACACAGAAUGCACCUCCCCUGUUGCUCUGCAGAAGGUUCUGUCAGAGUGUCAGGAUCAGCAGUYCUGUUUCAUUCCCGUCCUCAUGCCGGUUUUUGGACCGGAUCCGUGUCCGCUCACAACCAAGUAUCUUCUGGUCUCCUACAAGUGUCGACCAGARCACCACCGGACCAGACUUGUGUGUGAAAACGAGCGUCUGAGGCUGACAUGUAAGAACGAGACCGUUCUGGCCAUCUACUCGGCCACGUUUGGACACCUGUUGCACAGCAGUCCUUACUGUCCCGAAGAACCCGGAUCACAGACUGACAUGGAGUGUUUGUCACCUGUGGCCCUGAGGAAGGUGUCCCGCAGGUGUCACGGCAGAGCAAACUGUUCAGUCCUGGCGGAUACUCACACCUUUGGGGACCCUUGCUUCCCCGGCACCAGGAAGCACCUGCGGGUGUCCUUCACUUGUGUGCCCAGAUAUCUUCUGGAGGAUGUUGGUCGAGGGUCCACAGAUCCGUUUAUGAUCUCAGACUACACACAUGGUGGAUGGUACACUGGCCCCACCUACAGGACUCAAAAUGUGUUUGUAACCAACUCUCUGGAGAUGAUUGAAAAAAUGCUGGGUCUCCCGGAGCGAGUGGCUCUGUAUUUUGUCUCUGGGAUCUGUGCUGGUCUGGUUUUCCUGCUCUGCCUCUUCGGCCUUCGCUCCACGUUUGUGAGAGACGUCAAAGGUCUCAUCUCUGACCUGAAAGAUGAGCUGAAAGCWUCGCGCAGGAGGAAGAAGGAGCUGAUGGACGACCUCUUCGACGAAGACGUCUCAGACACGUCCUCCUUUCGUCGCCUCACGCAGUCUUACCGGACAGCGGACGUCUUCAGCCCUGCGGCCCUCACAGUGGAGCUGGUUGAGCGUGACGUGCAGCCAAUCAGGGAUUUACCCAACGGAGACAUCUGGCCACAGCUGGACUCCAGCCCUUAUGCCAUUCACAAGGUUAUAACUUAAAACUGAAGAUUUACUGCUAUAAAAUGAAAGUUUAAUCACUUUAACUCAUUUCUCUCUAAUGAUGAAAACUGAGCUCAUUUUGAGCAUUUAAACCAGAGAAUUUGUUUCUGAAAUUAAUUUGAAACGUACGUGUUUUGUAACAACAGUUUGAUUAGAUUUGAUACAUGCAGAAUUUAAAAAAGAUGAGAGCAGUUGAC